CCCUGGACUAAAGAUAGCGUCUGACCAGCUGUUGUGUAUUGUGAGAUUAUCUUGUUUUUGCUAUGAAGUGAGACAAGCAUGUGGCUGUUGAUAUUAUUCACCCUGUCCAUUGUGGCAUAUGCCCAGUUUGGGUUAGGAGUCUUCGACUUUGGAACCGGUAAAAUCAGCGGGUACACUUUCGAAUAUCAUCGUUCAGCGGACCUCGUACUGGUGAGGAACGCCACAGCCUGUUUCAUCGUUGAAACUGAUGAAGACCUGACGGAGAAGAUGAAGAACAGAGGAAGUAGGGAGGGAUUGGAGAACGUUCUGUAUGGUCAGAUACAGGCUGAGCUGGGCGAGACUGUGGCGAGUUUAACCGACCUCCGCAGUGACUACCACGACAUCAGAGCGGUAGCUGAAUGUUUUAACCAUGAUGUUUUCAAGAUACAGUACAGUUCAUCGUGAAUCUUUACCUUAGUGCAUUAAUAAUUAAACAAUGGCUUUUCAGUACAAAA